AAACGACUCUCACAGCGGUGAGUUGUGUGCAUUGAUUUAACUAUUUUGUCGUGUGUGUUUGCUAAGAUUCUGUGUGGAUUGGACAAUUAUAAUUACGAGUUAAACAUGGCAACAUCAGUCCUACAACCUGCUGAAUGUCGUCGUGACCCAAAACUUGACCAUCCCUCUCUCAGGCUCUCUGAAGAUGAGCGCCAAGCUAUUCUGGAAGCUAAGGAAAGGGAAACAGGGGAACUACCUCCUGAGCUUCGUGAAAGGGCCAGGGUAGAGAUAAGGGAAGAAUCUGCGUUAAGGGAGGAGGCUCUCGCGCAAAUGAGGCAUUUUAUUGAGAAGCAUCCAGCGAUUAAGAAGUGUAGAACUGAUACCCCCUUCCUACUGAGAUUCCUACGUACCAAGAAAUUCUCAAUACCACAAGCCUGUUCCAUGCUCGAGCGCUACCUGACAAUACGCCAAAUGUAUCCCCAGUGGUUCCAGAAGUUAGAUCCAUUGGACCCUAAGUUGGCGGCAGUUAUAGAUGCUGGCUACCUGGUGCCUUUACCCAAAAGAGAUUCAGAAGGGAGACGGGUCGUGCUUUCUUGUAUGGGUCGAUUUGAUCCUUACGGAUAUGACAGUUGUGUGAUGGCGCGAAUCCAUUCUAUGAUCGUUGAGUUGCUUUUGGAUGAGCCUCGAUCUCAACUCCUUGGAUACACACAUGUGAACGACGAGGCUGGUAUGCAGAUGCCCCACGUGUCAUUAUGGUCACUAAGUGAUGUCAAAGUCAUGCUCAAUUGUAUACAGAACUCUACCCCAAUGCGCCACAAAUGCACGCAUUUCGUCAAUAUUCCCCACUAUGGUGUCAAAUUCUUCGAGUUUGCGGUUUCUUUAUUGAGCGACAAAUUAAAAGAUCGUGUUAUGUUUCACCGGAAUACCGACGAUUUGAACAAGCAUGUUGAUGCCUCAAUACUGCCCAAGGAGUACGGAGGCACCGUUCCUUUGAAAGACAUGAUCGAAGAACUAAAACGCAAGUUACUGAAGCAUAGAGAAGACUUACUUGCACUUGAUGACUUGUGUAUAGAUUUACAUGCAUUAGGAAAAAAUGAUUUGACACAAGAUAUACAUUCUACUGCUGGUUCUUUUCGAAAACUUGAAUUAGACUAGGUUUUUAUCUCUUAAAAUGCCUACUUAUUCGUAUAUAAAUUGGGUGGUAUUAGUCUACUUAUGUCUAUGAAAUAAAUAUUUUAGUUGUUUUAUGUUCAGCACCUAAUUUAGAUAUGUUUUGAUAUUUAUAGUGUUUAAAAGCAGGCUUUAACGAAAUAUAAUAUAUAUUUAUAAUAAUUAACAAUGAAUCCUUGUGAUAUUAUUUGAAAUUUUAACUGAAACAUCGACUUCUUAGUAAUGUAAGUUUAAGUAUGAUAAUCAAUAUAAAAACAAAACAAUUGUUUUACUUAACAUAAAAAUAUAUAAAACAGUUAACUUGCCAGCUGCAUUCAUUGUGAAAUAUUUAUAUAUUCGUUCAAGUUUACGAAAUUAACAUUCAGAAUAAAUAUAGACCCAUUUAGAUCAGGUUUAGAUCUCACUUUAUAAAAUUAAGUUGUAAUAUUGUAAAAUCAUAAAGCAAAUUGAAAAAAAAAAUUGGUUGACUAUGGUAUAUACGCGUUAAUUUAACGAAUAGUUUGUAUUAUUUUGUUAAAUUCACAACAUAAUGUAUUAACAUAUAACUAAGUUUUUUUUUAUAAAGGGGAAAUGGUAGCCCUCGGUGGAGUCACGUUACCACUAAUGGAUUACAAAAAGGAACGAGGAAAUUUUAUUUUGAUGACAAUGAUUAUAUGAUAUUUCAUAAAUAUUGUUAAUGCAUAAUCUAUGCAGUAUUCUAUUUUCUACGUUUGAAGUUCUCUAUUACAAGUUUUAGUUAUUUUUAAGUUAAUUUUGUUUGAAUA